AUGUCGACUGAUGAAGUUAAUACCGCUAUUGGUAGCAGAAUAAUUUAUCAACUCGUCAAUCUGAAUUUGUUCUCAGCGAACGACGAAACAGUAAUAGAUCAACGUUUAGCUACUCGACUUUAUGUCAUAUUGGUCGGUAUUGGUCUUAUCGUUGUUCUGCUCUUUUCCGGCUUUAGCGUACAAACAAAUGUAAUCACUGUAUACGGAAAUCCUCUCUCACUCUCCUUUGUUGAGCGUUUGCAGUAUCACUAUUCAACAACUCUUUCUUGUCCAUGCACACAAACAUCAAUUCGUCGCGACAAGUUUUUAUCAUUAAUGCCCGAAUAUCAUCCAAUCUGUUCAAGUAUUUUAAUACAAUCGGAAUGGAUCGAAUCAUUAUUUCAAACAAAUAAUAGAAUUCGCUAUUAUCAUCCUCUUGACUUUCGAUUGAUAGCUUCAUCUCAAUUCGAAACUCUCGCCUUAUUAUGUCGCACAGUAUCGAGUUUNUCUUGUCCAUGCACACAAACAUCAAUUCGUCGCGACAAGUUUUUAUCAUUAAUGCCCGAAUAUCAUCCAAUCUGUUCAAGUAUUUUAAUACAAUCGGAAUGGAUCGAAUCAUUAUUUCAAACAAAUAAUAGAAUUCGCUAUUAUCAUCCUCUUGACUUUCGAUUGAUAGCUUCAUCUCAAUUCGAAACUCUCGCCUUAUUAUGUCGCACAGUAUCGAGUUUCAUCAAUGAUCAAAUAUACGGUGAGUUUGCAUCGAUGUUAAUGGUUUCUCCACAAUUGUCAACACGUCUUAUAUUCGAAGCAGAGGUUUCCGAUAUUGUCAAACAAUUUCAAAUUAAUACGGUUACAUCGUUAGUGCGCGCCAAUCGACUAUUAAAUACAAUGCUGGAGCAGAACUUAAUUAUGUCGGCCUUGAAAACUAACUUUUUCACAACGAUGAUACCAGGCUCUCGUGUUUUUGAUACUUACUGGAGCAUAUAUCCAACGGAUAUUAUGACAAAUGAAACCGAUCCAUUUAGUACAUCUGUUCCUUCUUGUUCAUGUACCUCAACAUUUGAAUGUACAUUUCCUGCUGGUAUAUAUAAUGAAGAUCCACGGAAUGGCCUUGGUGGUUUGAUUUUACCUCAAUCUCCACCACUCGCAAUCAUUCCUGGUAUAUUAACUGGUUGUACACCGAGUAGUUCGAUACUGCAAUCGACUUUGGAAUGUUUUUUCAAUCGAUCAUGUCUCACUAUGCUCGAUGACCCUUUCAAUGGAACUAUUGUACUAACAAAAUCACGUUUCUCACCCAACACAACUGUGAAUGUAUUGUUUACAGAAUUGUUUCUGGAAUCUUUGCACAAUACCAGUGAUUAUAUCAGCUAUUUCAGCGAAUGUGCUCCUUUAAUGUGUACUUAUAUAUAUUCACGGCGGUUUGAUGUGCUUCAUAUGGUCACGACGGUUACCAGCAUCUUUGGCGGUCUAUGUGUAAUCUUUCGAUUGUUAUCACCAUUGCUUAUUAAAUUCUAUCGACGAAUAACACUAGUACGAACUGAGAUCGAACAACUGGAAGAAGCCGAAGAAAUCCAUCCCGGAACAUCGACUCGUCUUCUUCAAAUUUUUCGUCUAGUUAAAGAAAAAAUUCUCACAUUUGAUUUAUUCGAAUCCGAUAAUAUUCAUAUUGGUAUAAUUUCAACCCGUGUCUAUGUUAGUUUAUUGCUUAUCGGAGCAAUUACUUUUUCAAUUUAUACAUCAUUAGCAACUGAUAUGUAUACUAUCACGAUACGUUCACCAACUCUAGCUCAAUAUGAAAAUGCCGAACUAAUAUAUUCGUCAAAUUUAAUAUGUAGCUGUUCGGAUCUUUCCAUUAAAUACAAUAAAAUCAUGAAUAUUCAGGUACACUAUCAUCAAGUAUGUUCAAGUGCAUUUAUAACCGACGUUUGGUUGGCUUACUUUGAUCUAGGCCCAAGGGCUGCUCUUUUAAGUUGGAAUUCGAAUGACUUUCGUGUUACUGGACAAAUAUUUUUCAGCUUGUUACAAGUAUUAUGUGAUAUGGCUGAUGAAAUUAUAGAUGGCGCUGUGAACAAUUUCAAUUUAACAGAUCUAAUCACUUCGAAUCUACUGACACGCAACGACUUCGAUGCUCAAACAGCCAUAAUAAUCGCGCAAUUCGAACUUGAAACGGUGGCAUCAUUUACGCGUUUGUUUGAACUGAUUCGAGUUUCAAUAAGUGACAAUCAACUUUUUGCCGCUCCGAGUACCAGUGCUAUCUUUGCUCCACAAAACAAUCAAACUAUAGGUUUUAUACCUAUAACGCAGAACAAUAAUUGUUCUUGUGGUAUAUCAAGUCAGUGUAGUGGUCUACGUGGCUUUUAUCCCAUGUGGAUAUUAGGUAUGCCAUUUAAUACUGAAGGUAGCGCGCAAUUAGUGCCUGGUUUCGUCGGUGCAUGUUUUCCUAUUGAAGCUGGACUUCUCUCCAGUCUGGAAUGUAUUUAUGAUCCAUCAUGUUUAGCAUUAUUGAUUGCAUGGCGUUCUUUCAAUAUAAGUGAUACUAUUAUAAAACCACUGGAACGUGCUACACUAAAUAUUUCUACUCUCAAUCCCUAUAUAAAAAGUCGUUUUUUACCUAAUACUACUGUUGAUAUAAUUACAGCUCAACUAUUCAUUGAAGAAUGGAUAACAAUGAGUAGUUAUGAAAAAUAUUAUAACCAGUGUGCACCUUCUGAAUGUACUUAUACAUAUACUCGUAGAUUUGAUAUACUUCACAUGACCGCUAGUCUAAUUGGUAUUUGGACAGGUUUGACUCUUUGUUUACGACUCAUUGUACCACUCGGAAUGAAAAUAAUCUUCAAAUGUCUUAGUAUUAGAUCUAUCAAUCAAAGAACAGUAAUUUUAGUUGUUGAAGUUUCUCUGCAAAGAAAACUUGUCAGAGUAUGGUCCGCAUUGUGGUCGAUAAACUUAUUUUCAAAAGUGACAACAAUGACUAUUGCUAUGCAACGUGCAGCAACUCGUCUCUAUUGUAUCUUAUUGUAUGGAUGUCUCAUUUCUAUUCUUCUAUUUUUUAGUUUUCAGCAACAAACAUAUUCGGAAACUAUUUCGACACCGAAUGCAUCCAUCGUGAACGCAUUGUAUCAACAAACCAAUAUUUUCUCUCUUAAAUGUCCUUGUUCACAAAACUCGGUACCGUACAGUAUGUUCGUAUCAAUCUCAUCAGUUCGACAUACCAUAUGCACGAGUACUUUUGUUACCAUUCCAUGGUGGAAUAGUGUCUUUAAUAAUCGGACUGAUUCGGAUCAGUCACUUUUCAGCACUCAUAUGAGACUUCUCUCCUCCAUGUGUCAAGUAACUCAAAAUACAAUCGAUGAUGCUAUACAUGUUUUGAUUGCUAAUAAACUCAUCAGUUUCCAAGUUAUACCACAAGAUACCGUUGUAGCCCAAACGAAUACUAUCAUUACGACAUUUCUUAAGCAAACAUCCGUUGAUUUUCAACAUACACUUACGUUUAUCGUCGAAAACUUUCGAGCAAACCAAUUUAUGAACAUGCUUUUGUCUAACUGGCAGAUUGAGCUGACAAAUUCUGAAGAACAAUAUUUAAUCAAUACAGUUCCUCGUACAUUUCCGAUCUGGAAUAGUUCAUUCUCUUGCUCAUGCGAUCGUUCAUCAGCAUGCUCAACGCCACUCAUAUUUUCUACAAACACAUCAUAUCCCGGUAUAUUUCGAGGUUGUUUAGUUAUCGAUGGGUUACGCUUAUCAACACUCGAAUGUUUCUCGCAAACGGCUUGUCUUACUCGACUGCUUGCUGAUUUGGCCAUUGAUCGAACUAGAUUUAAUCUUGUUUCUCUUGAUGCAUCGCUAAUUAAAAACACAACAUUACCGAUUGGAGAACUAAUUGAUGCACUUUUUGUUGAAGAAUGGAAGACAGCUAUCAACUAUACUAGUUACUUUUCUACUUGUGCACCUUUAUGGUGUAAAUACUCGUUCAGUCAACGUAAGAAUACUCUUGAUAUUAUUAACACCUUAUUUGGUGUAUACGGUGGUUUAACUAUAAUAUUUCGAUUUCUUACACCGAUUGCAGUAAAAUUAUAUGGACAAUUGCGUACAAAUAACGUGGGUGUGAGUGGAAAUGGAAGAUAG